GAUCGAAAUAAAGUCCUGUUCACUACUUCUCUGGUUUCUUCUAUCAAUAGCACGAGGGUUACCUUAAGGCACGAAAUUGGUGAGCCCUUUUAGAACACAAAUUUAACCUCAUUUCUGUUAUUAACAUUUUUUUUACUUAAUCGUAAAAGUAGACCUGAUUAUCCGUAAACUAAUUUGAGUAUAUAACUAGUUUAUUCCGUAUUAUCUUAAGUUAUUCGUGUUAUAGUAACCACUUUUCGUGCUAACUUUAUUGCUAUAUUUGUCACAUACCUCAUGUCAGACUCAAUAGAAACCCAUAAUCUGGAGGAUUUGUCACCAAUGGAGAUAGACACUGUUAUGACUACGAAAUCCCGACUUCGAGAAUUUGAUCGUAGUGAUCCUGAGUUGUGGUUUGCUCAACUAGAGCAUUAUUUCACGAGACACAAUAUCAAAUCUGAAGGGAUUCGCUAUAGAGACUUGUGUUCUAUCCUUCCUCCUUCAGUCGCCAAAGAAGUCCGUGACUUGAUUUUAAGUCCACCAUCACCACAACCAUACACCAUCUUAAGACGAGAGAUAAUGAACCGUUUAUCAUUAUCAGAUAGUCAAAGAAUCCAAAGACAUUUUCAAGGUGAAACACUAGGUGAUCGAUCGCCGUCACAGUUUUUACGUCACCUCCAAGUCUUAGUGGGUGAUAACACAGUGGGUGAAGCAUUCUUAAAACAAGGAUGGAUACAAGCUCUCCCAUGCUACGUCCAACACUGUUUGGAUGCACGAGACCCUGAAACCUCAUUAUCUCAUUUAGCGCGUAUAGCCGACAGAAUAAUGGAAAGAGGUCCUCCAACUGGAUCAGGCACAAUAAAUCACACACAAAAAGUAGAAUCAGCAAAAGACCCCGUAAUAGAAGGACUCAUUGCGAGUGUUAAGAGUCUCACUGAGGCUGUCAUCAGAAUGCAAAUGGGUCAUAGAAACAGGAGCAGGUCACCACAACGACCACGAUCCAAGUCACAAAACAGGUCACAAAUGUCCAGACAAUCUGGGCAGUUUUGUUGGUACCACUGGAAGUUUGGUGUCAACUCAACCAAGUGCAUGCAACCAUGCGCCUGGCCUAAGCAUAAUUCUAAGACAGCGGGAAACGAGUAACCCCUCCCCAGGUCGCGACGACUGAGGAGGGGCGCCUAAACAGUCGCUUGUUUUAUGUUAGAGACAGAAACUCGGGCUUGAAUUUCUUGGUGGAUACUGGCGCUGCUCUUAGCAUCA